AUGGAGACGCGCCCGGAGCGUAAUGGUGGCGCGUUCUUGAUCGACCGGGCGGCGGAGAUGGACGGCCCUUACGUCGCCGUCGUCGGUCAGACGGGCGGCAGCGAGGGCAGGGUCGGCGCGACCAACAUCGGGAGGCUGCGGCAGGGGAAGGCGGCCAGGGGCGGCGCCAACGUCACCUCAUGGCACCUCAGGGUGUUCGCCGUGGUGGUCGGGGUCAUGGGCUGCCUCCUGCUCGCCGCCUCCCUCGUCAUGUCCGCGCUUCAUCAGGUGCAGUUCCGGAACGGCGCCAUCUCCGUCAACUUCAGGGGCCUCCAGAAGGAGCUCAAGCAGAAUUUCGUCAGGAAGGAGCAGUCGGAGCAGAUAAUGCAUGAAAGACUUUUACAGAUGGCAACUUUGGCCACCUCGAAGAACGAGUCAGAUAGUGGAAAUUUCGCAUUAUGGGAGGAACCCUACAAACAGGCGAGCAAAUGGACGCCCUGUGCCGCCAAAUACACCUUGGAAGAAGAGCCUAGCGAGAACAACAAUGGCUUCAUUCUGAUCAGCGCAAACGGUGGCCUGAACCAACAGCGUGUCGCCGUGUGCAAUGCCGUUGUGGUUGCAGCUCUGCUUAAUGCCACGCUAGUUCUGCCCCGGUUUCUUCACAGCAGCGUGUGGAAGGACAAAAGUCAGUUCGGUGACAUCUACCAGGAAGACUACUUCCUGAACUACAUGAAGAACGAUGUGCUCAUCGUGAAAGAUUUACCACACCAUCUUCAGUCGCUGGAUCUCGAGGCAAUCGGUAGCCAAAUCACCGAUAACGACAUCUCGAAAGAGGCUGAACCAUCUGAAUUCAUCAGAACUGCACUUCCCGUUCUUCAGACAAAUGGCGUCGUUCAUUUCCUCGGAUUCGGCAACCGGCUCGGCUUCGACUCGGUGCCUGCCGAUCUGCAGAGGCUGCGAUGCAGAUGCAACUUCCACGCUCUCAAGUUCGCCCCCGAGAUCCAGAAGCUGGGCUCGCUGCUGGUCCAGCGGCUGCGGGGGGUGAGCGCGAUGCAGACGGAGAUGGACAAGCAGCUCUUCGGAAGCAACAUGCUGGACCAGCCGUUCGGGGAUAAGCGCACCGACAACGUCGGCGGGCCGAGCAGGUACCUCGCUCUGCACAUGAGGUUCGAGAUGGACAUGGUCGCCUACUCCCUCUGCGAGUUCGGCGGCGGCGACGAUGAGAGGAGGGAACUGCAGGCCUUCAGGGAGACCCACUUCCCGGCCCUCGUGACGCGCCUCCGGAACACCACGGUGUCGCCGGAGGACCUGCGGAGCCAGGGGAGGUGCCCGCUGACGCCUGAGGAAGCCGGGCUCAUCCUCGCCGCGCUCGGCUACGACCGCGGGACGUUCAUCUACGUGGCCGGGUCGCAGAUAUACGGCGGCGCGACACGGCUGCGCCCUCUCACGCGGCUCUACCCGAACCUGGUCACCAAGGAAGACAUCCUCUCCUCCGACGAGCUCGCGCCGCUCAAGAACUUCUCCUCCCGGCUCGCGGCGCUGGACUUCAUCGCGUGCGCCUCGUCGGACGUGUUCGCGGUGACGGACUCCGGCAGCCAGCUGUCGUCUCUCGUGUCGGGGCACCGCGUGUACCACGGCAGGGGCCGCGCGCCGACGCUGCACCCCAACCGGAAGCGGUACGCGCAGAUCCUGUCCGAGGAGGGCGGCAUCGAGUGGGCCGGGUUCCAGAAGAGGGUGAGGACCAUGGUGGACGAGUACAAGCGGGUCCGCGCCCGGCCCAGGGGCCGGACCGUCUACCGGCAGCCCAGGACGCCCGGGUGCAUGUGCAGGGGCGAUGACGACGGCAGCGUCGACUUCUGA